CCCUUGUCAGUGUCACAUGGAUAAGCGCGACGUCGUGUCGUGUGUCGCGUCGCAAUGGUAAUAAAAGUUCUGUCAGCAUAAGAAAAAUCAAAAUAAUAACAUAAACUCUGCGAAUAUCUACUUUUCUAAUAAAAUAAUUCAAAUUUUACAAUAUUUGGAUAGUUUUAACUGUCAUAAUGGAGGAAAUAUUCGAAGAAAUUGUGUACGUAAAACCGGAGCCAGAAGAACCGGUGGAUUAUCCUCUGUCACAGAUAGAAGUGAUAGCUUGCCCGCUGGAAAUCGACAUUCCGACGAACAGUCAGUUGGUGAACCAGUACUGCCGAUUGUGUUUACGCGAGAUGUCGACCCUAUUCCCUUUGAUGUCUCGCGUGCAGAACGUUAUGAUACCGGAUAUGAUAGCAGCGGUUACUGGCAUCUGCGUUAACUUGCGGGACAAGCUGCCCAAAAAGGUAUGCAUUCAAUGUUUGGUAAAGGUGGACUAUGCUUACCACAUUCGAAAGGAGUUCGCCGAGAGCAAUCAGGUGCUGAAAAAUUUCGCCGCCUCCAGGGUUGUGAAAUUGUGGGACCUUUUGAAGAAUUAUCAAAACGGUGUUUUGGCGAAGUCGGAAACAAGAUCAGAGAAACUUUUGCGAGAAAAUAGAGAUAUCAUAAGAAUGCGGUUGAUCAAAAAGGAGGAGCAAUUGGCCAACAUGAGUGGGGUUGAGUUGGUUGACAUGAUUGACAUAGCUGAGUCUAAGCCGUUGGUAAAUACAGAAAGAACCACCGAAAGCAAAUCAAUUCCACACAAUCAUGAAGUGAAAGCUGAAGGUGAAUUGCUGUCGCAAGAAAUUGAAAUGCAGUCUACAAAUGUAACGGAUAAUCAGGAAUGGUAUUCGGAGGACAAUUCUAUUGAAGAAAUUAUAUCAGUGAAAGAAGAACGUCCAGAAAAAAAUACCAAGGAAUCCAAAACUAUGAAAAUACUUCAUCACACAUUGGUAGUUGAAGAUACUGAACCUGAUCCAAACAAGUGCUAUAUUUGUCUUGAACAGUUUUCAAAUGUUAACAGUCUUGAGAUGCAUUUGCCAGACCACAUUGGAAUGGUACCUUUUCAAUGUCAAGAAUGCAAAGAUACCGUCAUGGAGACAAAAGCUAUCGCUACAGUCAUUAUGAUGCAUCGUCAUUUCCGGAUGCACGCGGCUCUCAACAAAUGUCCGGAGUGUCCCUUCCGUUGCUACAAAGCUGGUAACUUAUACAGUCACUUCAAAAGAUAUCACAUGACAGAUUCCAAAACGGAGCGCACGUGCGAAAUUUGUGGUGCCAAAAUAAAGAACCCGAAAACGUUCGAAAAUCACAAGCGUAUGCAUAAAGCGAUAGAGGAGAGUCGAUUCACGUGUUCGUUUUGCUCGAAAAAGUUUGCAACUCGAGCACGUUUGCAGCGCCACGAACGGAUCCAUACGAAUGAACGGCCCUACAGUUGUCGUUAUUGUGUCAAGUCUUUUACAAAUGAAACUAGUUUCCAAGCACACGAACGGCAACAUACCGGAGAGCGGGGCUAUCGUUGCGAAGUGUGCGGUAAAGGUUACAGCACGCAUAACGAGUUGAGUGCGCAUUUGGCGUCCGCUCAUAAACUGGCAACAGUUAAGCGGAGCGGAGAAAAUGCCAUCCAUAGAGGAAAGUAUUCAAAAAUACUAUUGAAAUGCGCGUCUGAAGGCUGCAACUUUGAGACAACAACUUACUCCAAAUACUACCAGCAUAGGGCGAAACACGUCCUGAGCUUCCACUGCCAGUACUGCGAAGAGCGGUUCCCUACCAAGCAACGGUUGGAAAUGCACGAAUUCGUUCAUACCAAUACAAAGCGAUAUUGCUGCGACAUUUGUGGCAAGAACUUCCGGUAUCGGGUUAGUUUUGUCGAGCACAUGGAUAGUCAUAACAAUAAACGAACGCAUACCUGUAAAAUAUGCAGUUUAUCGUUUGUCAGACAGCGCAAUCUUAAGGAACAUAUGAAAAAACAUUCAGACGAACUAGAAUAUGCGUGCCGUCACUGUGGUAAGAAGUUCAGAUAUCGAGCAGAUCUUUCAAAACACGUGAGAACGCAUACCAACGACAGCAGUAAAUCCCAACCGGAGGCAAUAGUCGAAUCGGAUGGCUCAAAUGAGAUGAACGAUAUGGUGGAUGCAGAAAAUUACGCAAUCGAGUAUUUGGAAGGAUGAGGUAGCUUUGUAUAAUUGUAAUUGUGCAUAAUACGAUAUACGAUACGUUUAU